GCUGUCCAUCUCUUACUGUGCUGCUGCCUGGUAUGGGCCGACACACGGUGCUCGUUGUGCUCCUGGCGCUCUUCACAGGGGCGGAUGGAUUCGUGCCGUCCUUUCUUGCACGACCCACUGCCACAGCGGCAACGACGGCAGCACCGCAAAGAUCCUUGCAGAUGGUGUCUGCGGGUAUGUCAACCAUGGACGUUCUCCAGGAUGGAAUCAAGGCUGUCGCUGUCGGCGUGAGCGGAAGCAAGCCCAUACCGGAGGAUCUGGUUUCGCCGCUUAUUCAGGCAAUAGGUUCGCUGGACAAGGCCAACGCUGACGUCGAGGCCUUGGAGCGAUUGGCUUCCUUCCUAGGAACUCUGUUCGUCAAGAACCAGAUCACGGAGACGGACGAGAAGGUCCUGGCAGCAGCGGCAAAGAGAAGGCCUAAGCUUAAAGACGUGGGGUCCGUGAGGGCGGGCUGCAGCGCUGGACAGGUGCUGUCGCUGGCGGGGGGAGACAAGGCAAGCGCCGACACGCAAGAGCUGGCUCUCAAGCUCUUGUCGGGGGAGACGCUGGACGAGGAAGAGGCCUACCGGCUAGGGAAGCGCAUCUUCGACGUACAGCAGCCUUCGACUGUGCUGUGCCUCUGUGUCCAGAUCCUGCGGGUCAGGUACGAAUCUCCUUCGGAAUGGCGAGGGCUGAUCAAGGCGCAGCAGGAGACCUUGCGGGUGGAACGGUUCAACCCUCAGGUGGUCUGGGACGCUUACCAGAGAGGGAAAGAGGCUGGGAAUAAUCCCCGGCUUGUCGUCCAGCUGGCCGAGCCGUUCGACGGUAUGGACCGGGGGGAGUUGCUGACGCCCUUGCUGGCACAGCACCUGCAAAACAAGUUCAACGUGGUGGCUGUGUCCCAGUGCGGCAGGUCCUCCGGUCCGAAGUACGGCCAAAACUUGCUCGACAUCGCCACCGGCAUGACUUCCCUGAGCACCCCCUUCGUCCACUCCAACUCGGACAUCGAGCGUGACGUGGAGGUCGGAAACGGCGGCAUCGACCCGCCAGAGUUCGGCUGGUACGUGGACCAGCAGGAGAUCAGCUUGGAGCUGGACGCGUGGGUGGAUCUCCGGAGAAACAUCAUCAAGAGGCCGUUCCUGGCCACGUCGGAGAAGUUCAUCAACACCUGCGGUGCUUCCGUGUUGGUGGUGAGCGCUUUCCAUCCGUCCUACGCGGAAAAGAUGAUGACGUGCGCGGAAACCGCCACGGACUUCAAGGGUUGCAUGGUCGUCAGAAAGGGGCUAGAGGGUUCGCUGGGCUUUGGGUUGGCGCGAGAAACUGAGAUCGUGUGCGGAGUGCGGCAAGACGACGGUUCGUUCGAAAAGAUGUCCUACACCUUCGGAGCCAAGGACAUGGGCUGGGAGAAGGAGGGGGAUCUGAUGGGAGCAAAAGACGCAAAUGAGACGAUAGGCAACAUCAAGUCCUUCUCGCUGGAAGGUUCCUCUGGGGACGAAUACUUCGACAAGAGGGUCAAGCUUUCAAGUGCUGGACUGGAGGUGGGCAUGAAGUGGAUAAUGGCACGGCUGAAACCAUAGCGGAAAAACGGGUUCCACAGCAUUAUUGUAGAAACAGCAGCCUUCCCAACGAGGUUGUGCGAAAUCGAGUGGCUUGGGAACGCACGGCUUACCCAAUAGACGGAGCUCGCAUAAGUACGGGGGGAAUGCCGUACAAUAGGAAGAGCACACGGGAGGUUAAUUUGAGGUGGUAAUGGCAUGCGACUACUGUUCUGGUUCUACAUAAACCUUUGAACGUCUUUUAGUGACUAUUUGCCCUCCUUCUUUGACAUCCCGCAAACCGCAAAGCGUUUGGAGCACCCCCUGGUUUCGUUCCUUUCGGCUUUGGGAAAUGUGACCACGAGUCAUCUGGGCACAAAAAAGUGCAAAUAGUCUGUAAAUCCUCUCGUGAGCAGUACAAUAUGGUGUGCAUUUUUGGUCAUUUGCGGUGGGUGUGAUUUCAUACCUCCGGAGGAACUUUCAGACUUUUAGGUAUGCACACAUGGGUGCAUGCCCAGAUGCCUUAUCGCUGCCUUGUGCGGUGAUUCAUUCUCUGGGUUGGCGUCGGGCACAUCCGCCGGAGGCUUGAGCAGUACAGAGCUGCUGUACUAGUCUACACUUGAACGUCCGUUUUCGGUCGAAAAUGGUCGCGUUCUCCCGGGCACAGCAUUGAGAGCUUAAAAAGAGCAUCCCCCGGGCUAGGUGGAGUGGACGUGAAGCCAAAGAAUCGUCCGGUCGUACUUGUGUAAUUCUUUAGCAGUUGUGUGCAGGUC